AUGGCGACGGGCACUUCCCAAGGCGAGUCAUCGUCCUCAGGCGAAGACAGCUCCGACAGGCUAAAAAAAUUAUACCCAGCGGUGGAUGAAGAUGAAACUCCGCUGCCGCGUUCGUGGAGUCCGAAAGACAAGUUUAAUUUCAUCGGAUUGUCUCAGGGAAAUCUGCGAGUUCACUACAAAGGUGUCGGCAAAACACACAAAGAUGCCGCCAGUGUCAGAGCCACAAACCCCAUCCCUGCUGCAUGUGGAAUUUAUUAUUUUGAGGUCAAAGUGAUCAGCAAAGGCAGAGAUGGGUACAUGGGGAUCGGUUUAUCUGCUCAGGGUGUCAACAUGAACAGGCUUCCAGGAUGGGACAAGCAUUCUUAUGGUUACCAUGGUGAUGACGGCAACUCAUUUUGCUCCUCUGGUGCUGGCCAGCCGUAUGGUCCCACGUUUACAACCGGUGACACUGUCGGAUGCUGUGUCAACAUGAUCGACAACACUUGCUUCUACACCAAGAACGGCAUCAAUCUUGGAAUCGCCUUCACAGAUCUUCCACCCAACCUGUACCCCACUGUUGGCCUACAGACCCCAGGAGAGGUUGUUGAAGCUAACUUUGGUCAGAUUCCAUUUGUAUUUGAUAUUGAGGAUUACAUGAAGGAGUGGAGAAUGAAAACGAAGCUGACAGUCGAGAGGUUCCCAGUUCCAGACCGCAAAGGAGAGUUCCAGACAGCACUUCACAAAAUCGUGUGCACCUACCUGGUUCACCAUGGCUACUGUGCUGCAGCUGAAGCCUUUGCCAGAGCUACAGAUCAGCCUAUUGUGGAAAGUAUUGAAAGUAUCAGAAACAGACAGAAAAUUCAAAAGCUGGUCUUAGCAGGGCGGAUGGGUGAGGCCAUAGAGACUACACAGCUCCUAUAUCCUACUUUAUUAGAUGCAAAACCUGAUCUCCUGUUUAUGCUCAAGUGCCGACAGUUUGUGGAAAUGGUGAACGGUACAGACAGUGAAGUCCAGGGCGGUGUUUCCAAUUAUACCUUUGUUGGUGGUGUCUCUGGUGGUUACCCGUUGUCCGGAGGCGGAGGCAGCCACACUCGCAGUCCUAAAUCCUAUCGCAGCAGUGACGGAAGCAACCGCUCCAGCCCCGCUCACAGCCCACACCCCUAUGUCCACGCAGGGACCCCGCCUCAGCAGCACCCGCAACAGAACUAUUAUCACAUCGGCCAACAGCAACAGACUUUUCACCACCAGCAGACGCACCACCACCACCAUACGGUCGACGGUCCUUUGUGCAACAGCCCCAACCGGUUGUCGGGGAAGGGCCAGGGACAGCAGAGUCUUGCCUCACUGUCACUGGUUUACCAGCAGCAUCACAACAACAGCUAUAAUAACGCCAGCGAGGUCAGUGAUGGCCUGCAGAAUAAUAACCCCAUGAACUAUGGUCACAUUGAGGAUGAAGAGGCCUUGAUGAAUUCAACCAAUGCUGUUCUCACACGAGAUCAUAUAACUAUGAAUGGAGGGCCAGUUGGCCCGAGGUUGAUCGACGGCGAUGAGAUGGACAUGUGUGUUGAGAUCGACCACUCCAGCACUCUUUCAAAUGGGAAUUCUCAGUAUAACGGGACGUCAGCACACAGUGAACAGAUGGAUGUUGAUGCGCCUUUCCAGAAACGACAGAUGUGUGGUGGGAAUGAAGCAGCCAUCGAGAAAAUGUUGGCCUUUGGGCGCGAAUUGAAAAUGAUGAGCCAGAAGUUGAGAAAGGAGUUUGGCAAAAAUGAAGCAAAUAAAAAGGCAUUGCAGGAUGCCUUCAGUUUACUGGCCUACUCUGACCCCUGGAACAGUCCCAUCGGCAGUCAGCUGUUACCAGUCAAGCGGGAGCCAGUGUGUGCAGCGUUAAACAGUGCUAUAUUAGAGUCUAAAGGUUUACCGAAGCAACCACCACUGGAGCUAACUAUAGCCCAGGCCAAUCAGUGCAUGCGCCUUAUGUCCAAGUCAGGAAUCGGGGCCUGUGCAUUUGCCACUGUGUCCGACUAUCUGCACUAA